UUUUCCCUUAUUAUUAUUAUGUGGCUACCUAUUUCCAGAGCAAAAAUGCUGUCUACUACAACUCUCAAACUUCAUGUUGACCAAAGAAAUGCUUGACUUCAAUUUGUAGAUCGAUAAUUAAACAAGCCAUGGCAGAAUCAAUUCUGUUUACCAUCGUUACUGAGAUCAUUACAAAGUUGGGCUCUCAACUGUUUGAACAAACCACCAUAUGGGGUGGUCUGAAAGAUGAGCUUGAAAAGUUCAGGACAACAGUUUCAACUAUCCAAGCUGUGCUUGUUGAUGCUGAAGAUCAAUACUCAAAGAGUAACCAAGUCAGGAUUUGGGUUGAUUCAUUGAAGGAAGUUUUUUAUGAUGCUGAGGACUUGCUGGAUGAAUUCUCCACUAAACUCUUACACCAACAGACCAUCUCUGGUAAUAAAAUGGUACGACGUUUCUUUUCUAGUUCUAAUCAGUUUGCUUUCGGUCUUAAAAUGCGUCCCGAACUUAGAGCUGUUAGAAACAGACUUGACGCGAUUGUAGCUAAUAGAAAAUUUCAUCUAGAGAAGGGUAGAGUUGAGACGAAUCUUGUGGUAUCCAGAGAGCGAGAGCAGACUCACUCUUCUCCACCUGAGAUUAUCGUAGGGAGAGAGGACGAUAAAAAGGCGAUAGUCGAGUUGUUAAUGGAGUCCAAUGAUGAGGAGAAUGUUGUGGUUGUUCCAAUUAUUGGUAUUGGUGGACUAGGAAAGACGACGUUGGCUCAACUUGUGUACAAUGAUGAGAGUGUGAAGUCCCAUUUUGAGUUCAGAAGUUGGGUUUGUGUUUCGGAUGUGUUUGAUGUGAAACUGAUAGUUCAAAAGCUUUUAGAAUCGAUUACUGGCGAGAGGUUUUUUAGUUUUGAGAUGGAUACUUUGAAAAAUCGUCUUCACGAAAGAAUUAAUGGGAAAAGAUAUUUGCUCGUGUUAGAUGAUAUAUGGUGUGACAGUUUUGAGAGAUGGUCUCGUUUGAGAGAUUUGCUGGUCGGUGGUGCGAGGGGGAGCAGAGUAAUCCUAACUAGUAGGAUUAAGAAGGUUGCAGAGAUAGUUAGCACGAAUCAGCCGUAUGAAUUAGGAGGCCUUUCUGAAACGGACUCAUGGUUAUUGUUCAAAGUAAUGGCAUUUAAACAAGGUAUAGUGCCAAAUUCGAGUUAUGAGACGAUUGGGAAGGACAUUGUAGGAAAAUGUGUUGGUGUUCCUUUAGCGAUUAUAACGAUAGGACGGUUAUUGUACUUCAAGAAUGUUUCUGAGUGGUUGUCCUUCAAAGAUAAAGAGCUCAUGAGUGUGAAUCAAAACGAGAAUGACAUUUUAUCCACUUUGAAAUUGAGCUAUGAUCAUCUCCCCCCACGAUUGAAACAUUGUUUUGCAUACUGUAGAAUAUUUCCGAAAGGUUCUAGGAUUGAUGUCAAGAAUUUGAUUCAUCUUUGGAUGGCACAAGGAUAUAUCAAGUCGUCGGAUCCAAGUCAAUGUCUUGAAGAUGUGGGAUUUGAGUAUUUUAAUGAUCUUCUUUGGAGGUCAUUUUUUCAAGAAGUAGAAAAGGAUCAUUUUGGAAAUAUUACCAUUUGUAGAAUACAUGAUCUUCUGCACGAUCUAUGUGUUUCGGUGGUUGGAUCAAUAGAUGAUUAUUCAUCUUCAAAUGUAAAACAUGUCAGUAAAAGAACCCGACAUGCAUCGGUUGAUUAUCACAGGGACAUUAUGAUUACUUCUUUGCUAGAUUUGAGGAAGAUGCGGACAUUUUUCUUGUCAAAUGAGCUGAGGCAUAACAGAGAUGAGAAUCAUUGCCGUGAAGUUUUCUCCAAUUUAAGUAGUGUAAGGGCCUUAGAUGCACAUAACUCAGGAAUUUUAAAGGUUCCUCGUUCCAUUCAGAAGUUGAAGCAUAUAAGAUUUCUUGAUCUUUCUUAUAAUAUAAAAAUCGAGGUGCUUCCUGAUUCCAUAACUAAAUUGCAAAAUCUACAAGUGCUCAAGUUAGCAGGGCUGAGGAGGUUAAAGCAGCUUCCCAAGAACAUCAAAAAGCUGGUGGAUCUGAUGCAUCUUGAUCUUUGGAAAUGUGACGGUUUGACUCAUAUGCCACCUGGUCUGGGCCAAUUGACUUCCCUUCGCUACUUGUCGCGGUUCUUAGUGGCGAAAGAUGAUGGCGUUUCCAAGCGUGUCAGUGGACUUGGCGAGUUACGUGACUUGAACAAUUUGAGAGGACUGCUAGAAAUCAUGAAUUUGAAGAAUGUGAAAAAUGCAGCUUCUGGAUUCGGGGCAGCAAAUCUUAAAGAGAAGCAGCAUCUUCAAACUUUGAGAUUAGCAUGGAAAUCAGCUGAUGAAGAUAAUGAUAAUGCUGAAAGUAGUUCGACUGACGAUAUGUCGUUGGAAGAGCUACAGCCACAUCAGAAUCUACAAUGGCUAGAUGUUUGCGGGUGGGGAAAACUAAAGUUUCCAAGCUGGGUUGCAUCACUCACUAGCUUAGUGGAACUUCGAAUCGAUAACUGCAUAAAAUGUCCACAUCUCCUGCCACUCGACCAGUUCCCUUCUCUAAAACAUUUGACACUUGAUGAAAUGCCCGAUUUGAAGUACAUCGAAAGUGGGAUAACAUCUGAUCCUCAAGAGUCGAGAUCAGCACUAUUCUUCCCUUCCCUGGAGAAGCUAUGGCUCAGAAAUUGUCCUAAUCUGAAAGGAUGGUGUAGGACAACGGCCCAGUUAUUCCAGUUUCAUCGUCUUACUUAUUUGGAGAUCAUGUGUUGUCCGAAUCUGACAUCAAUGCCACUGAUUCCAACUGUGGAAAAAUUGGUACUGAAAAAUAUGAGUAUGAACUCGGUGGCGGACAUAGUGAAGUUGAAAACUUCGCUGCCACAAUCGUCUUCUUCUUCCGUGCCUCCAUCUCUCUUACAACUGAAAGAAUUGAGCAUUCAGAAAAUAGAGGAUCUCGACUUGAUCCCGGACGAGUUGCUACAAAAGCUCACUUCCCUACAACAACUGGAUAUCAUAGAUUGCCCAAGAAUAACCACUAUAUCUAAUGCUAUGCAACAUUUGACCUCUCUCGAGGUUCUUAUCAUCAAAACCUGUGAGAAGCUAGAUUUAUCUGGCCAAUGGCAGCCUCUCAAAAGCCUCAGUAAGGUUCGCUUCGUGAAUCUAGCGAAAUUGGUGUCUCUGCCAGAGGGACUUCAACAUGCUACCAAUUUGCAGCAACUCGAACUCGGAAGCUGUUCGGUUUUGGAGUCGUUACCGGAGUGGAUGGUUGAGUUCAGUAGAUUGCAGCAGUUGGAGAUUAAUGAAUGUGCUAUGCUUUCAAAAAGAUGCAGAGACAACAAGGGAGAGGAUUGGUAUAAGAUUGGUCAUAUCCCAAAUAUCAAAGUUGAUGGAAAAUGGAUUAAAUUGAAGGGCUACUAUGAAUUGUAACUAAGUCUUGUUGUUCUAUUUUUCUUUUGUUUCAUCCAUUUGUGUUUGUAGACUAUAUAUUAACUUGAACAUGUAACAUUUCAAUACGAAUAUAUAUUCAUGGAGCAUA